AGUUAAAAUACUAAACAAAUGUUUAUUUAUAUACGGGGUAUACCUUAUGUAAACACCAUAUGUUGGCACACCUUGCAUAACUGCAUGCACCUUAAGGCACACUACAGUUCAGUACUUUGGUAAUUAGUUUACUCUGAUGACUUUCACUGAAUGGAAUCAGCCAGGGCUGCAUAGUCCGGACAGUAGCUGCUGGUAACCAGCCACCAGCAGACUUCCAAAUGGUCAUCAGUCAUGGUGGAGCGUAUAUGGAUUUAAUAAUCUCCGUGUGAGAAAAUGCUGACUCACAUAAAUAAGUAGAGCCAAAUAAUGCAGUCAAUGGCACAUUUCCUCAUGUUUGGGUACUUUUCCUCUGUAAGUUCCAAAACGGUCCAUUAGCCCUGGACUUCAGCACAAUGUCAAUCUGUAGUGUCACCAUCUCAUCCUCCACUCCGGUUCAGAAACAGCGUUGUAAUUUUUGAUACGAGUGAAUCAACCUCAGUAUCUUCCAUAAAUGGGUAGCACAUAAAUGUAGAGAUGGGCUGGAGUGAGGCAAAGUCUUGAAAGCGUUUGUCAAACUCUGACCGACAGUUGUCAAUCUGCUUUGUGUAGCGCGCAGUGUCAAGUUGCUCACGUGCUUUCUGUUGCGUCUCCAGCUCUGAUGCGAAGUUUUGGAAGUUCCGCAAAAAGUUGUAUUUUUCGUUUGAAAGCAUUAACUAAGCUUAUUAUAUUGACACGAGAUCUACCGACACUACCUUUGCGAUCGACGUAUUACGCAGCCCUGCUAUAAUGUUUUUAAAUAAAUUAAAUAUCCUAACUAAGCUAUGUAUAAUAUAAUAAUAAUGAAUUUGUCUUUAUAAUUUUUAGUUUAUAGGUUUUUAUGGUUAAACUACCCAUAUUUAAAAUCAGCGUGACCAACCGCAACAAAAAUAUUGUAGUGACCUCCGGCGCGGAGGAGAGGAGCGAACCCUAACUGUGCAGCUAACGAGCUAGCGGGGUGCUAGCACCUACGUAAGGCUAACACUGUUACGAGCGGGCUCCGUGCACCGCACAGCUUUAACAAUCCCUCGAGGAUCACACCUUCCCCUUAUGUCACUGGCACAGUGUGCACCCUCACCCUGAAAUGCUCUUCAGUGGCGUAAUUCACUGUUCUCACAUCACAGCAGUCAGUCAGCUCUCUCUUGUCUUUAUUUUCUCAGUCACCGGCAACAACAGACUAACACACACAGGCAUAAUACAGCGAAACACUUCCAAUCGAACAGCAGUCAACAGGUUCGAGCAUCGAAUGCUCGAUGCAACCCAACACACGCAGCAUGAACCCAACAGUCAUUUUUAACCCCUCAAAAUACAACAAUAACAAGAACCGUAAAACACAAUGACUCAGGAUUAUACCACAAUAUUACGCUAACUAUUUACACAUGCGCAUAAUGCUUGCCGCUGUCACUAACCCUCCCGCUGGCUGGCAUAGUCAUCACAAUAUUUUUCACACGUUAAUGCAUCAGCACUCUGUGCUGCACAUUUAUUCAACUUGAAAUUAUUAAAACUUUCAUUUUAAUCAGGCAAAAAUGUAUAGAGACAAAAAAGAAAUUAAAUUUAAAAAACAAAUAAACAUGCCUUAAGCUCCAUGGCAACACCGUUUGAAUUUUCUGUGACGUCAUCGCGUGACGUUAUAGAACAUCAAAGGCAUGUGUACAAGAGGGUAUAACCUGAGAGUUCUACACACAGAUCAGUUUGAUCAUUACAAGAAACAGGUAGAAAAUAUAACAGCAGCAAUCUAUCAAGAUGUCUGAAGAGAUGAACACAAGUAAUGUCACCAGCGAAUAUUUGGACAAGAUGGCUGAAGCCCUGAUCUCAGAGGAACUCGAAAGGUCAGUGUUAGGCAUCAGUGAGCUCAUGUGUUUAAUCCAGUACUGCAAAGAAGAGGAACAAGCCAUGAUGGAUAGAAGUCAGAACGGACGCUCAGCUGUUGGCUACACUGACAGGAAAAUCAAUGAGUAUCUAUCAAGAUAUUUUUAUAAGAGAAGAAUGUUUGGUGAAUAUCUCCCUGAGAAAGAGAGAGACAUUUUUCACCAAAGUGAGAAUGUCUUGAUCUCUGAGCCAGGAUCAGCCUCCAGAUGCUCCACCAGUUCAGAGGAUACCAGGAGGCCAGUUUCACCUGCUGUGUCUUCAGGUACCAGCAGCAGCUUGGAGGAAAGCACCAGCGUGACUGAGUCCAGUGAUUCUGAGACGCCAGUCAAGAAGCCAUUCCUCAAGAAACUGAAGAAUGCUUUGAAGAAACUCUCUCUUCAAGAGAAAAGCAAAGACUCUCUGUCUGUGCCAGAGAGUACCUCGACUGAGAGCUCCACUUCUCUGAAAACAUAUUUCCCUCCAGAAGAAGCCGGAGAAGAGAGGGCCCAUAUUAAAGAGGAGGUAAAUGAGGCGGCAGCAGCAGCAGCUGGUGAACAGGCAGCAGAUAUGCCUUUGGAUGAAAAUGCUGCUGAGAAGAAGGGAGAAGAUUCCAGCAAAAGUGAGAAUGUCUUGAUCUCUGAGCCAGGAUCAGCCUCCAGAUGCUCCACCAGUUCAGAGGAUACCAGGAGGUCAGCUUCACCUGCUGUGUCUUCAUGCUCCAGCAGCAGGGAGGAAAACACCAGCGUGACUGAGUCCAGUGAUUCUGAGACACCAGUCAAGAAGCCAUUCCACAAGAGAUUGAAGAAUGCUUGGUAGAAACUCUCUAUUGGAAAGAAAAGUAAAAAGUCCUGUCUGUUCUAGAGAGUACCUCGACUGCGAAAAUGAGGCGGCAGCAGAUAUGCCUCUGGAUGAAGCACCUUCCCAGGAUAAAAGAAUAUGCAGCAAUCCUUCCUGAGAGAUUUCCAAAUGUGUCCCAUAGUCAAGAGAUUCUUCCAGAGUCUCACUGAAGAGCAGUUCAGGGAAUUGAGUAAAGGGUUUUACAAUCAAGAGCUGAAUGUGCUUAGGUGCAUAUGUGUGGAUGUAGUGAAGCUGACCACAGACUACAUCACAAAAACACAUCAGUCAUCCACCUCUGACAUCUUCAACCAGCCUAGACCCAUAUGAUGAAAGCACCACUGGAGGCGACAUCCCUGUGAGGACAUCACCCCAGUUCACCGGGGCCAUAGGAUGGUCAAC